GAGACGUAAUUUUUUCACACUUCCUGGUUGAGAGCGUUAUUAUCGAAAUUUUGUUGAAACGUGUUUGGAAAUAGUUUAUUAUGUUGAGAUUUCGGAAACAAGAAAGCAGAGAUUCGGGUUAUAACAUACAACGACAUCUGUGUUAUUUUCCCAGAGUUUUUUUUUCACAUUUGUGGCUCUUUCGCGCUGCUGCUGCGCGGGACUUUUCAAAGUGGGCGAGUCUCUUAAAGUGCACGCUUGACUAAUGCUAACCCCGGGGAUAGCUUCAAAACAUUUAACCGUACUGUUUAAAGAUCCUUACAUCUUAGAUUAUUUGACCAGACAAACAUUUCCGCAUUUUAUUACCACGAUCAUGGAGUUUUGUGGCUUUACUAUAACAAUGGGUCCCAUUGUUAUAGUGGUAAACUAGCAUUGUAAGGCUUAACGCUAACUAGGUUAGCCUGUUUGUGUCUAACUUGUAAUUGAAGGGAAAAAGAUAGAAGCGCCAUGGAAUUGUUAUAAUCGGUACAAAGAAAACAUCUGGUCUUUUCUUUAACGGUAAACCACUCGCCCCUGCAUCAUGUCCAUUGAUUUCGACAGUGCGGCUCUUCAAACACAACAUGAUGAGGAGGAGUACGACCAGGAGGACUAUGCAAGAGAGCAAGAGGGGAACACCUGAGUGCACUGUUGACACACUGAGCAAUAAACUGCACAAACUCCUCACAGACCUGCCGGAUGACAUGCUUGAAGAUAGCAGAGACUCCUCCUCCCCAGAGCUAGAGUACUCUACCUGUAGCAAAAAAAAUACUGGCAACAGUCCACAGGCCAAUGGGGCUCAGCAGUGGUCAAAUCAUGGCAGGCCAACUCAUGAACAGAAUUAUGAACCCAACUACAACCAGUUCCGACUUGGAGACCGUGUUGUUAAUGGACACAUGAAUGGACAUCAAGGUUUAAGUCAGCCUCAUGUUUGGAACCAACCACAGGGUCCCCAGUUCAGCCAAGGAGACUACUCGUAUAACAGUAUAGGCACAGAGAACAAUGAUUUCUCUGCUGAUGACUACGGGACAAGCGCAUACCCUCAGGCCUCAAAAAUCCCUAUUGAAUAUAACGGAGAUGGAGCAUAUGGAGACAGCCGAGUCCAUGGGGAAACUAGAAAUCAUUUUCAGAUAUUUAACUCUAAACCACAUCAAGGUCAAGAACUUGAUAAACUGCAAAGAGAGUUUCUCGAUUCAACAGCAAACACUGCUGAUCAGGAACAGCUCUCCCAGUUGCGUGUCUUAUACAAAGCUCAGCAGAGACAGAUUGAAGACUUGGAGCAGAAACUAGAGGAUUCACGACGCAACAUGAGAUAUCUAGAGCAUCAGUUUGCAAUUGUAAAAGAUGAAAAGGAUGGGCUAGCCGUAAGUCUCAAAGAAUCAGGUCGAUUGAUUGAAGAGUAUAAAGAUCGGGAAGUGACCAUGCAAAAAACUGUGAAGGCACUGGAACAUCAAGUGCAACUUCUAACUGAGAAGGACCAAGAGAACAUGAAGAAGCAGAGAGUGGCGGAUGCUGCAGUGGACACCAUGAAGCAGCAGAUGCUGGACCUGUGCCGCUCUGACACUUUAUCCAGAUCUCGAGAACAACACGACCGAGACAUUACCAUCCUGAGGGAGCAACAUGAUGCUGCGCUUUUGGCCUCUCAGCAGAAGAUUGACUCUGUGUCACAGGCACUAGACCAACAGGUUGAGCUUACUCAGAAGUUACGGGAGCAGGUGAAGCAGCUGGACCAUCAGAGAGAAGAGGACCAACUAGAGAGGGCCAGAGUCAUCAACAUGCUCACACAACGCCUAGAGGAGAGCCAGCAGCAGUGUGCCAAGUUGCUACAGAGAAGCUCAGUACAAGAAAUGAGUCAGCUGCAAAUUAAACUCCAGCAAACCCAGUCUGCAAAGGCACUGAGUGAAAACAUGAACAAAGUCUUACAGGAGGAUCUGGCAGAGCUGAAGGAGCAGAUCACUUUAUAUGAAUCUGCUGUAAAACAUGGUGUUAUUUCCUUGGACCUAAGCAAUGACCUGGAGAACCAUCUUUCAGAGUCCUGUAUUGAUUUGCGUUUGAAGAAGACAAACCUGAGAAAUGGCACUUUACACAGUCCCUUAGCCAAUCUGUCCGACACAAAGCUGCCUAAAGAUGAGGCGCUGCGGUUGCUGCGGGCGGAGAUGCAGCGAUGUUUGGGGAAUCUGAAAGGAAAGAGGAAGCAGAUAGAGCAGCUGCGGGAAGAUCUCCGGGUCAGUCAAGCCAGAGCCGAUGAGCUGCAGACACAGCUGGAGGAGGCUAAACUCGGCUCUACGAUCAGAGGAGAAAAUAGUCAAGAAAACUUUACGGACAUGCAUGGUACGUCUCAGAAAGAGCUCAAGCAACUAGAGGAAGACAAACAACACUUACAGGAACAAGUGGAGAUCCUGGAGAAGAAGUAUAAGGAGCUGAAACAGAAUGAGGAGAAAGUGAAGGCUGCAAACUUGGAGCUGUGCACUAAGAUGAGAGAGAUGAUCCAGGAGUUAGAUCAGGAAAAGCAGGAGGCAGCUGAACGAUCAGAGAGGGUUCACCAGCAGCACAGGGACGAUGUAGUGCAGCGCAUCAGAGCUGAGCUCAUUCAGGAGCACACAGCUCAGAUCGAACAACUGACCCAACAGCACCAGCAGCAGCUACAGGACUUACAAACUCAGCUGUCUGAAGCUCAUGAUAAAAUGUCAGCCGUUCAAGAGUGUUACAUUUCUGUCUGCAAAGAAAAGGAUGCACUGGAGGAAAGUAUUCGUAACAAAGAUAAUGAAGAGACUACAUUAAAACAGACCAAGCAAAAGUUGCAAGAAGAGGCUGAUGCUGCUCUGAAAAGGCUGAGAGAUGAGCUGGAGACUCAGCAUCAGGCGUCAGUCACUGAACUCAAAGCAGUUUGGACCAAAGACAAGGAAAAGGAAAUCCAACAGAAAGUGGACACACAUGUAGCUCAGAUCAAUGCAACCUGGAAGGAAGAGAUGAAGAAGAUGGAACACAGUUGGUCCCAAAAGCUUGAGGAGGCAAACCGAAAGAGGUACAGUGAAACAGUGGAGACGACCAGUCAGACGAGUGAUUGUCUAGACAGAAAUGUGACAGUCAGUGCUGAGGAGCUGGAGUCCAGGCUCAAGGCUCAGAAAAUACAGCUGCAAACAGAAAUGGACAGAGCCAAAGUGAAGGCUGUGGAGGAGACAAAGAGACAAGUCCAGAAAGAGCUUCAUGAGAAACAUCUGGAGGAUAUGGCCAAACAGGUUGAAGGUGCAGUAACCAGAGCAUACAAUCGCUGGGUAGAGGACUUGACUUCACUGCCAGAAUACCAGGCCUCUCUCCAAAGUGAGAAAGAGAAAUGGGAAGAAUGUCAGCAAAAACUCACAGAUCAAAAGAUCUCCCAAGCCGUACGUGCAGCAGAGGACCUGUGGGCAAAGCGUCAGAGGAGCCAGCAGGAGGGGCAAGCGUCAUCUCACCUGGAGGAAGAGCUACAACAGACUGUGUCAACCCUUCAAAGCCAACUGGACCAAACCAGGAGAGAGCAGGCAGCUUUGCUGAAGGCUGAACUGUCAGCCGCCAGAACUGUCUGGAACCGAGAUAAACUACAAGAAAUCAACAAAGCCCAGGUGCGCAGUGAACAGGCGUAUCAGAAGAAACUAGAACAAGCUUUACAACAGGUCAAAGAGGAAGUAGAGCUUGAGAAGAAAGACCUGCUAUCUCAGACUGAAGCUAGAAUUCAACAAGCAGUGAAAACCCGAGAACAAGAGUUGAAAUGUUGCUUUGCAGAAAAAGAGAAGGCUCAAAUGAAGGAGAUAAAAGAGGAGAUGCACGCUGAAAUUCAGGCUGCACUGGCACAAGUCCAAACUCAACUCUUUGUGGAGCAGCAGGGAUCUGAGGAAGCCAAGAAAACCAGCAGGGGACAGUCAGAGGACACAAUAACACAUGUUGUUCAAAACCUCUGCAAAAAUAUAGUCAACAGAGCAGUGUCCCAAGCAAAGAAGGAAUGGAAGAAGAUGAGUGAGGAAAAACUAAGCUUGGUAUUGAAAGAAACCCAGGAACAGUAUGAAAAAGAAAUAAACAAAAUGCAAGCCUGUGCGCCUCAGUGGGUCGAGCAGGGGCGAUGCAGAAAGGAAUGCACUGAAACUGUUAGUACACUGCAGAAGAAGAACCACGAGCUUCAGAGGCAUUUGGAGAAGGCCUGUCGUCAGCUGCAGACUGUGGUGAGAGAGAACAAAGCAGCCAUGAAGAAACUCAAAGAGGAACAUGAGGGGUCCCUUCAGAAGAUUAAAGAGGAGCACUUGCAGCAGCUCGAGGAAGCAAAAAGGAUGAUAGAAAAAUCUGGGAGUACUGACCAACAACAUUUUCAGCAAGGCCUGGAAGAUAUGAAACGGCAAUAUCUAAACACUGUCGAGAAAAUAAGAGGGGACAUGAUGCUUUACCUACAGGAAAGUCGAGAGCGAGCAGCAGAGAUGAUUCGAGUGGAGGUGCAGAGAGAGAGACAGGACACAGCACGAAAAAUGAGGCAUUACUACCUCACCUGUUUACAUGAACUACUGGAAGAUGGAGGCCAGACCACUGGAGCUGAGAAGAAAAUAAUGAAUGCAGCGAGUAAACUGGCGGCUAUGGCUAAAGUGCUUGAAACGCCCAUCAAGAAUAAACCUGCAAAUUAUGCUUUAACUAGUGGCGGGACAACUGUUGCUGUUAAAAUGACAAAGUUCGAAAAGAGCCCUCUGCUUGAGCACUCCGAUAAGAGACUGGAUGUCAGAGUCCAACAACAACAAAAAACAACUGAUUUGAACCUUAAACAAUCAACUACAGGAAGGACUAAAUCUGUCAGUCAUCAAGACCAGCCUAUACCAACUCAGAACACCCUCACUUCAUGCAGAAAAACUUCACCUUCUCAAAGCACUGAUGCUUCUGUUCGGAGCAAAACCAGGAACCUAUUGUUGCAAGGGCAGGUAGCAGAAAGCAGCUUGGAUCCAACAGCAAAAAUAUUUCUUCAAGAGCUUCCUGUUCGGGAGGAAAAACGACCCACAGAUUGGAGCUUAAGUAGCAAUGACUCAGACACAGGCCCCCCAAACCCUCGCUUAUCCUACUCUGGGAGGAGAGUCAAACCAGUCAAGCCCUUUUCAGUAUCUGUAGCUUCAAACUGUGAUUUUGUGGAGUUUGCUGGACUGACGCCAGAUGCCUCAGACCUAACUAUUUAUAAUGAAAUUGUGAAAAAGACACCCGAUAUGCAAAAUGCUGAUUUUUACAAUGUAAACUUGGGUGCACAUAGACAACCUACGCCCGGAUCUGAAUCUGCAAAACAAUAUGACAUUUGUCCAAAACUGUUAUUUUCUGAGUUAAGACAAAGGCAGCAGGACAGUGGCUUUGGGAGUCCAUUUUACCAACAGAAAUUAAAAUAAGAGCCAGAAUGAGUAAAGUAUGGUGCCUUAUAUAGUUUACAAAUUUACAUUUCAUAAACUAGUUGUCUUGUUUUUUAUCUUGUUGAAAGGAUAGCAAUUUUCUGGUCAUUACACAGAUCCCCUGAAGUGCCUACAUUACACUAACUAGCCCAGUUGAGUUUACAUUUCAGUUAUUGUCUUUGUUUUUUUUAGCAGUAGCAGAUGUGUGAAGAGAGAUUUUAGCCAGUUCAUCUGUUGAAGGCUACUACCUAUUACUGUGAUUAUUAUUACCACUUGGGAAUAGCAGUUUUACAAGUCUGACAAUUUCAUUACAUUAUAAUUUGGUUAACUAUUGGUUAAUGUGUUUUAUCAACCUUGUAAUAUUGUUUGUGUAACCCAACUUUAAUACACAUAUUUAAUAGGUUGCCUUUUCAGUGUGAAGAACAGGAAACGUUGAGUAUAGCUGGUAUGUCCUUGCAUAUUUAUUGCCUUCAAAUACACACUACAGUAUUUGGGCUUGCUUCCAGCAGUGAAGACCACAUAUCUUGCAGUGGUUUGAGUAACUAUCAUUGUAUAAUAGUUGUAGGUGUUUCAUUGUAUUUUGUAUUAAAUUAAUAUAAUGUUCUAUUUUAUGUUUUUACUAGAAAUGUAUUUUAAUAAAUUGUAUUUUUUUACGUGA